CCUACUCAUUCAGCAGUUUUAUCACAAUUAUUUGAGGGUUGGAACAUGUGCAGAGAUUGAGAGGGAGAUAGAGAUAAGAGCGUCUGCUAAAUGGCUUAAAUGUAAAUGUAAUAGAGAGAGAGUUAAAGAGAGUAUGGAUGCAGAGAUUAUAGAAGACACUGUGAAAACGCUGUACAAACUGCUGGAGAAGAUCCAUAAGUAGGGAGAGAAGGUGGAAAUAAAAGAGAAUGUGUUAGAGAAGGCAAGGAGUGGAGAGUGAAAAGGAGGAAAUGAAGAAGAAGAAGAAGGAGGGGUAGAGAGGGAGGAGAUGGUGGCAAUGCAGAGUUAGGUGGUGAAGAAGAGGGAGUAGGUAGUGAUGAAAGACAAGGGGCUGGAAAAGCAGAAAGAGAAACUGGAGAAAAAGAGCAAGAAGCUAGACAUAUUUGAGAAAGUUGGAAAGUUGGGAGUUGGAAAAGAAGAAAGAUAAGUUGGAGAGAAAUAAUAAGAUAAUGGAAAGGUUGAAAGUGGAUGUGAAUAAGAGAAGGUAGAAUAUUACAAUAACAGGAGAGAUUAUUAAACAAUUAAGUGAAUGAGAUUGACAAAAUAAAAGUAGAUGUCAAAGAGAAGGCAAAGGGGGAGACGCAGAAAGUGGCAGGUGGAGUUGAAGUGAUGGAAGGAGAAGAUGGAAAGAGAAAAAAAGUGGAGAGAGAGGGAGAAGUUUGAGAAGAGGAAGAGUAGGAUGGAGAGAAAAACACACACAUAAAGCCAUUAAAUGAACCACUUUGCACUCAGCACUGUGAGCCUACAUUUAAAAAAACAUAUGUUAAUUCAUCUGAGAGAACCGCAAAGUUGCGCUGUAGGGUAGUCUCCAAUAACACACUGCAAUUUAUAAAUGCACGAUUCAACGAUAACAACGGUGGAGGUCGCUGUUUUCAGAUCAACGCUUUCUAAUUGAAAAAUCAAUGAACUCUAACAAAACACUAUCAAAUAGGCCUACAGGCUCCAGAGAAAAAACUAAUAAAGCGGGAAGGUGUCAAAAAGUCUUAGGGUUGGUAAAUAUUUUUAAUCUCGUAAAUAAAGGUCGUAAAUGGAUCAAUAAUCAAACCAAUCCGAAUAUAUUUAGUGUAUGAAGUUAAAGUUCAAUAGUCUGCACUUUUCAUAGAUCAAAAUACACAGUUGAAAAGCUCUUAGUAGCGGAGAGCUGAGUAAAGAUCGAUCUCAUUGGCGAUGAUAGGGACCCUCUAGUGCUCGUGGGUGGUACUCCGGAACUCUUGUGAAUGGAGCUCGUACGACGAAGGGGGAUGGAUGCAAGCAAAGGACAAGAAGACCCUCUCAAACUCUCUCAAACUCUCUAGACACGGGACAAUUUGGAAGCAUCGUAGUCCUGUUUCGAUGCACAUCAUUAUUUGACGGGACUAUAGGAGAUAUUUACCUUCACCACAUCACUCUUUAAUUUGUAGUUAAUUUGUGUGAAUGAAUAAUGUUCUUGAACGUUUUAAUGUGGUGCAUGAUAGCACUGGACACCGCGCGCAUCGCAUCAUCUCUGGAGUUACAACCUGGCAUGCCUAAUGUGUGUGUGGAGCAGGAGUUGUCCAUGCUGGGUGCACGCCAGCCUUGUGUCCAGGCCUUCACUCGGAUGGUCAAGGUCUGGAAGCAAGGCUGCACCGGCCACCGCUGGUGUGUUGGCUACGAAAGGAGAACAGGCUACUACACAGCCUACAGGCAGGUGUACAGAAUGGAUGUGCACAGGGUGACCAGGUGCUGCCCUGGGUGGACACAGAGGGGCAAGGAGAGGGGCUGUUUGCACCGGGUGUGUGCUGCUACUACCUGCUUCAAUGGGGGCAGGUGUGCUGAGAGAGGUGACCAGAUCUGUCAUUGUCCUGUAGGCUUCCAAGGAACACGCUGCCAGUAUGAUGUCAACGAGUGUUCGACAGCUAACGGCGGCUGUGAGGGACAUUGCUGCAACACCAUUGGAAGCUUCUACUGCAAGUGCCCCGGGGGCAGUCGACUGGGUCCGGAUGGAAAGGCCUGUUUGGAUGUGAAUGAGUGUGAGGAGCUGAAUGGCGGCUGCCAGCAGACCUGUAUGAACACGGCAGGCUCCUACCACUGUGAGUGCAGUCAGGGCUCUCGCAUGCACACUGACGGAAGGACGUGCAUUGCUGUGAACUCCUGCUCAGUGAAGAAUGGCGGCUGUGAACACAAGUGUGUGGACAUGGACAACGACCACUACAAGUGCGAGUGUCGUAGAAACUACCAACUGAAGAGGGAUGGGAAGCACUGCGAGUUUAGGGACCCCUGUGUGGACAGGAGUGCAGGCUGUGUCCAGCUGUGUCGUUUUGUGGAUGGUCGAGCAGAGUGCAGCUGCAGACCUGGGUACUCGCUGGCCGGUGACCGCCAGGGCUGUGAGGACAUAGAUGAGUGCAGCUCAGGCCAGGCCAUAUGUGCCCAUCGCUGUGUCAACACCCGGGGCUCCUUCAGCUGUGUGUGUAACCCUGGCUUUGAGCUGGGCGCUGACGGAAAACAGUGCUACCGUAUUGAGAUGGAGAUCGUGGACAGCUGUGAGAAGAACAACGGAGGAUGCUCCCACCACUGUGAACACACCACCAACGGACCCCUCUGCUCCUGUAACCAAGGAUACCAACUGGCUGAGGGCAGGAAGACCUGUGUUGACAGUGAUGAGUGUGAGAGUGGGGAGGCGUGCUGCAGUCAGUUCUGUAAGAACAACCCAGGGGGCUAUGAGUGCAGCUGCCAGGCUGGUUAUAGGCUCCACGCAGACGGCUGUGGCUGCAAUGACAUUGAUGAGUGCCUGGCAGAGAGUUCUGUCUGUGAACACUACUGUGUGAACACCCUGGGGACCUACGAGUGUUUCUGCAGACUGGGCUUCCGUCUGGACCACGACCACAGAGCCUGCAUCCCGCUGUACGACAGUGACCUGGAUGACGAUGAAGAGGAGGAUGAUGCAGAUGAGGAUCUGGAAGUGCACCGGUUACCAGAUCUGCUGUUCCGACAGACCCCUCAGCUCCUGCAGUACACUGCAGCCCUGCACUCACCCUAUGGUGAAGACCAGGAGGAAGAGGCACAGAGAGGGGAACUCACCCUGGUCAGCCACAUAGUGUGUCUAGAUGAUUCCUUCGGGGAUGACUGUGGUGUGAGCUGUGCUGACUGUGAGAACGGAGCAGUGUGUGGUGCGGACAGAGAACACUGUGAAUGUACACCUGGAUGGACUGGCGUCAUCUGCAACGAGACUUGUCCAGUGGGGACCUAUGGACAGGCCUGUAACAGCCUAUGUCGUUGCCAGAACGGGGGCUCCUGUGAACCAGUAACUGGGAGGUGUAUUUGCCCACCGGGGGUGCAGGGCCAGCUCUGUGAGGACGGUUGCCCACAAGGAUACUUUGGGAAACACUGUAGGCGGAGGUGUAACUGCCCCAACAACGGGCGCUGCCACCGUCUCUAUGGAGCCUGCCUGUGUGCCCCAGGGCUGUACGGGCGCUUCUGCCACCUGCCUUGUCCCAGGUGGACUCACGGUGUUGGCUGCUCUGAGGAGUGUGACUGUGAUCUGGAACAUUCCCUGGGCUGCCAUCCCAAGAACGGGACCUGUCUGUGCAAACCUGGCCACCAUGGCUCUCAGUGUCAGCAAGAGUGUGAUCCAGGGUUCUAUGGUAGUGGCUGUUGGCAGCAGUGUGACUGUACAGUUGGGGAGACCUGUGACCCUAGGAGUGGAGAGUGCACCCGGAGGUGUCCUGCAGGGCUCCAUGGGAACUUGUGUCAGCUGGCCUGCAGUGCUGGUCAGUUCGGGGAGAAGUGCCUCCGGACGUGUGUGUGUGGAGGAGAACCCUGUGACCCCAUGACAGGAGAGUGUAUCUGCCCUGUUGGGAAGACAGGAAAGGCCUGUCAACAAGUGUGUCCAACAGGGUCCUAUGGGCCAGGCUGUGUGAGCACCUGUGUCUGUCACCCUGAUGCCAGCUGUGACCAUGUCACCGGACACUGCAUCUGUCCCCCAGGCCGAACAGGACACGUCUGCACUAAGCCCUGUGAGGAGGGGUCAUGGGGCUCUGGGUGCUCCAACAGGUGCCAGUGUGCAGACCGAGCCCUGAUUUGUGAUGCUGUGACUGGACACUGUGUGUGUGAGGCUGGCUUCACUGGAGACCACUGUGAACAGAAGUGUGUGGAGGGCAGCUAUGGUUUGGGCUGUGCCCUGGACUGUCAGUGUCAGCACGGGGCUCUGUGUGACCAUGUGAGUGGAGCCUGCACCUGCUCCUCUGGAUGGACCGGAAGCUUCUGUGAGAAAAUGUGCCCGGACGGGUUUUACGGUCUUGACUGUGGCCAGAUGUGCGAGUGCAGGAACGGUGCCCGCUGCCACCACAUCACAGGAGCCUGCCUCUGCACCCCUGGCUGGUCGGGACCACACUGCAUUCUGGCCUGCCCUGAGGGUGGUUUCGGGAAGGACUGCAGCCGGAGCUGUGAGUGUCAGAACGGGGCCACCUGUGACCACGUCAGCGGCCGCUGCAGCUGUGGAGCCGGAUGGACCGGAGCCAGCUGCCAAGAGGCCUGUUCUGCUGGGAGGUAUGGAGAGGACUGUUCCCAGCUGUGUCUGUGCCAGCAUGGAGGUUUCUGUGACAGCGUGACUGGCCAGUGUUCCUGCCCCAGAGGAUGGACCGGAGCAGCCUGCGAGCUGGACUGUGGGGAGGGGCACUAUGGAGAGGGGUGCACACAAACCUGCAGCUGUCAGAACGGAGGGACAUGUGACAGAGUGACUGGGGGGUGUAGCUGUCCCCCUGGCUGGACUGGAGAGCACUGUCAGACAGCGUGUCCAGGCGGUCUCCAUGGAGAAGGGUGUGAGCAGAGGUGUCAGUGCGACCACGGGACAAGCUGCCACCAUGUGACAGGCAGGUGUGAAUGUCACCCAGGAUGGAGAGAGGCCCGGUGCGACAAACCCUGCCUGCCUGGGGUCUACGGUGCUUCCUGUGCCCAGCGGUGUCAGUGUCAGUCUGGGGUGUCCUGCCACCACGUUACUGGGACAUGUGGCUGCCCUGCUGGUCUCACUGGGAACGGCUGUGAGGAGAUGUGUCCAUCAGGUGUGUUCGGGCUGAACUGUAGCCAGAUGUGCCAGUGUUCUGGGGACCAUGAGCAGUGUCACCCUGUCACUGGAAGGUGUACCUGUCUACCUGGUUACUACGGCAACCGUUGUGAACUCAUGUGUCGAGAGGGAUCAUAUGGGCCAAACUGCAAGGCCAGAUGUAAAUGCAACAAUGGCGGUCGCUGUGACACCAAGACAGGGACCUGUGAGUGCCCACCUGGCUUCCUAGGAGCUGACUGCAGCAUUGGUUGUCCGGCUGGGCGCUAUGGGAAGGACUGUGCCCGUCUGUGUUCUUGUGGGGAGAGAGGGCAGUGCCACCCUGUGACCGGGAGGUGUAUCUGCGCCCCAGGCCAAAUCGGGCAGUCCUGCCAUCAAGCCUGCCCUAGGGGGCGCUAUGGCCUGCAGUGCAGGAACACAUGUGUGUGUCAGAACGGAGCGCUGUGUGAGCCCAGGGACGGGAGCUGCAGGUGUGGGCUGGGCUGGACGGGACCACGCUGUGAGACAGCGUGUGUCCAGGGGAAAUAUGGACCGGACUGUGCACUGGACUGUCCCUGCCAGAACAACGGGACAUGUGACCGCAUCACUGGCUGCUGCAGCUGCACGGCCGGACACUACGGACACUCUUGUGAACACUUGUGUCCCUCAGGCUUCUUCGGACAGAACUGUGCCCGUCCGUGUGUUUGCCGAGCGGGACAGACAUGUGAUCAUGUGACGGGCCGGUGUGUGUGUCUGCCUGGCUACCAUGGUUCCCAGUGUCAGAGACGGUGCGAGGUUGGCAGGUUUGGGGAGGGCUGUCAGCAGUCAUGUGACUGCGUCGGGGGAGCCCCCUGUCAUCCAGCCACGGGACAGUGUCUCUGCCCCCCGGGGAAGACUGGACAGAGAUGUGAAAAAGACUGUGGAGGAGAUCGUUUUGGUCCUGGCUGCUCCCUGCAGUGUCAGUGUUCCCAUCAGGCCCAGUGUGACGCUCGUAACGGCCGCUGCCUGUGUCCUGUUACCUGGCUGGGCCCCACAUGCACAGAAGGACGACUAGAGACUGCAGAGGUCCCAGCAUUGGGCUUCUCUCCCUCCCUGAAGGGGCCGUCUGGUCUCUCCCACUCGUAGCGCCGCUGGAGCCCCACAUUCCAAACUAGACGUCCCAAAUACCCCCGCCAGAUGUCUCAAACACUGAACAAGGUGCCCUAAAUAUGCAGUCAGGGGUCCUGGGGCGUCAUGGGAAGGCUGUUACAGAUGGACAGAUGGACAGAGGUAUACAGCCAGAAGGUGAUUCAGGUCUGGACCAGACACACAAGGUCAUGUAUUCUUAUGUCUACACCUGUAUUCUGCACAUUUGGUUGAGAAAUGUGCAUUGGCUUUUUGUGAGCCUGCAGAAAGGUGCAGAAUGCUGGUUUAGUUAGAGAGAGAGAGAGAGCAGGCUACACAAGGACCUGGAACAUUGAUGUGCUGCUGGGUGGUAGACAUUGGUACGCGCCCUACCUGAUUGUCUCAGGACUGGACCUCUGCCCCAAGUCAACUGGUCUAGCCUGUCAUUAACCACAGGCCAAAUGCUUCCUGGACAUUCAUAACGUCUCUGUCCUCACCCCAAUGCAGCUUUGUGCAGCCUAGUACACAGGGGCGGGCAACUACGGUGCUGGAGGGGCACAGUGUGUGCGGACCAUCACUAUCACACAUGAUUCACAAAGACCAUGAUUCUGUGAUUAGUGGAAUCAGGUGUGUUAGAGCUGGGCUGGAACAAAAGCCGGCACCCUCCUCUUGCUUACCCAUGGCCUACCCUCAGAGUCAUAGGGACUGACAUGGGAGCAACAGCCAUCACUCCCGAAGUGUCCACUGGUACUGUCUCUCCGUUGAAUGGCACUCUGUCAUUUUCUCAUAUCGUAUACAAUGAGACUAUUUUGCGUUGUAUUUUACUGGUUUCUUUUGACAGCGUCUGCCUGAUUGCUUGUCAUAAAGUGUUAAUAUAUUUUGAAAUUGCUUUUGGUUGUAUGUUUGAUAAGAUCACUUACUGUACUAUCUGAUCAAGCCACGUAUCAAUUCAUUACUGCUGUUACUGUCUGUUAUUGUAAGUGUGUAAGUUAAAUGCCACUAUGACCUAUAGAAGUCUGUUUUAGCCAAGUAAUCAGUAUAUUUUCAUGUAGAAGGGUUUUUAAAAUAUUACAAAGCAUUUGAACUGUACCUCAGGAUACUGCCAUUCAUACCACUCAUAACAUGUACUGUACUAUGUGCCCGAUGGCAGGCUUUAUGUAAAUGGUGCUAUUUUGAUAUAUUUUGAUUUUUCUUUUUAAAUUCUCUUUUUGCUAA